AUGGGUAUCAAGAACAAGGCCUACAAGGGCCUGGACUUUACGGUGUACCCCAUCACUGAGAAGAAUAUCGUAACUGGGCACUGCGCGGUCGCUUGGGAAAAGCUCGUGGGCAACGGGUUCAAGCUACAUGUAACAUUUAUUCGCAGCUAUAAGACCAUCAACUCGCAGUCAAUAUUUUCAGCCGUCAAGGGCGAAUGGCCCGAGGAUCUGGAAACAGCAGACCGCCAGCGCAACUAA